GAAGAAACCUUCUUUAAGUUUAAAAAUCCCUUUUCCUCAGCACUGAUUAUGAGAAAUCCCAUCUGCCCAAAAUUAAAAAAGAAGCCGACACCUCUCCUAUACAUAAAAAUAACUUCUAAUUCGUUCCAUUUUAAAUUAGUUUAAUAAGUUUAUGAGCAGAUUCUCUGACUGUAGCUGAACAAUAUCAUCGUUUUAUUCUGCUCUGUGUCUUUCAAUUCGUUAAGUUCAAGAAAUCGCGGUGUUGAUGUUAGAGCAGCCUCCCUCCAAAUCAGCUAAAGCUGUCUCCUUCUCUCCCAGUUUCCCUUUUUUUUCUGUUUGAGAUCUGCAACUCUUGCUGCAUUCAAUUUCUCAAAAGUUUCCAACUGGGCCUUCUCCAAUUCUGCUUCUGGCUGUCAUUGAAUUUGCAGUGGUCAAAUUUGGUUUCAAUCUGACUAUUCAAGGAAAAACCAAGAAUAUUAUUUCAUUAGUUGCUAAAACUUAGUUGGUGAUUCCUUGCUUUCUUGUGGGAUAUGCGAAAAUAUGGAUGGGGAAGGCCGUAUCUCGGAUUACAGAAGCCGGUUGGACAAGACACUGACAUCACCUGAACUUAUGAAUGAAGAAAUGGUUCAUAUCCUUGUGAAGAAUCAAAUUUUACAGACAAUAGAUUCUCAAGCAGGAGAAUACACUGACUGUGCGAUUGAAAGAAGAAGCAACGAAGUGUUUAAGUUCCUCUGUGAGCUAAGGAGUGCUUCCACAAACGAUUCGAACAACAAAUGGAAAGUAAAACAAGACACUGAGGAAUUACGAGUUAUGUAUCGAGAAGGACCAGAGGGAACCCCCUUUCAUACACUACUUGCUGAGGGCUAUGUGGAUGGGCCAGUUGAUGUUUGUCUAUGCAUUUCGUCAGACGCUGACCUUUACAAGAAAUGGUGGCCUCAAAUCACAGUUCCUACUUUCAAAGUUGCUGUAUCUCAUCGUGUCCAGAGAGUUAUAGAUGGCGAACAGACAGCAAUAGUGAGGAUGAAGCUUUCAUGGCCAAUGUCAGGCAGAGAAGUUAUAGUACAUUAUUUUACAUUUGAGUACUUCAAAGACGGCCUUGUCGUGGUGAUUCUUAACUCGAUCUCUGACUCGGAGACCAUCGAGAGAAGCACCCACGGUUUCACCAGAGAUGGGAUGCCCGAUGCAGAGGGUGUCGUGAGAAUGGAUCUCUACGGAGGUUUUGCUCUAAAAAAAAUCACUGCUGAUAGAAGCUUCUUUAGAACGAUAGCGAAUCUUGAUAUCAAACUCGACUUUGUCCCUCCUGCAUUCAUCAAUUUUGUCGCCAGGCAGCUCGUAGGCAGCGGUUUCAAGCUCUAUAAAAAGCAAGUUGCUUCUGCGAAAGGCAACAUAGAAGUUCAGGAGGCUUUAAAAGAUCCACUCUAUGCUCGUGUACGUGAGGCUCUCUAUAAAGACGACGCGUCUCUUGCUUCGCGGGUCUUGGAGAGCACACACACCAAUCUUGAACAACAAAACAGUGAAUCAUUCCAAGAUAACAACUCCACUAAGGAAGACAACACUUUUGAAGAACGCAACACGGAUCCCAACGCCACGGGUGCAGAUGCAAGAGACAACGAAGUUGUAAAUGAAAUCGAGGAGUUCAAGGGAAAAAGCUCGGAACUGCACGCUAGUUUAGCUGAGGAGAUCACAGUAGUGGCUAGGACAGACUUGGAAGUUACCAAGACCGAGGAUCCCAAAGCCAUGGAUGCAAUUGCAAAUGACAACAAAGUUCUCAAUGAAAUCAAGAAGUUUGAGGAGAGAGGAUUGGAACUCCAUGAUAAAGUAGCCGAGGAGAUCACGGUAGAGGUUAGGACAGACACAAUGGAAGUCAGCACGACUGAGGUGGAACAAGGCCAUGAAAUAACGGAACAUUUUACAUGUAAUGUACAAACGAAGGUUAGCAUCAGCCCCGAGGUUCAAAGAGCUUUAGGAACACUGGAAAAGGCCAUUUCCAUAUUCCGGGAAUACAACAGUAGCCCUGUUCAUGUCCUCAACAACGGAGAUGUGCUGAGCUCGGAGAAUGAUGCUGCGACAGAAUCUAUUUCGUGGGAAGCUGACGAAAUAAGGAAAAGGAAUCAAGCUUGCGUCAAAUCAUCAAAACUAAGAUCAGCACAAGUAGCUGUCCAAAAUGCCAGAAGCAGCUCUGACAACCUUAAUUCAAGGCGGUCCAACUCCAGCACGAGGGAAACAAACCAGAGCAAGAUUGCACCGGAUGAAGAUGGCACGAGGCUGUCUCACAAUCAGAGAAACGUGUCAAUAGAUUCCGAGAGCACAAAAGGAGAUAAUAUGGUGACUGAAGAAGGAAACAGAAUGAAAGGGGGGGAGAAUAAGAAAUUGAGGUUUUGUUGCUUAAGUUUCGGUUCUUGAUAGCUAGUGAACUACUGCAGGAGUUACGAAAACUCGAGCUCUUAUAGGUUUAUGUACAUUGUUGGCUAUCGAUUUUUUCUGCAGCUGCAGCAUUUUCACAAGAAUAGUGAGGCUAGGGAAGAAGCUUUGGCUGUUUCAUUCAAGAUUGUGUAAUUUUAUGUCUAGUUUAGUUUUAAAAUCCUAACCUCAGCACGCAGGCAGAAGAUAAUAAAGAGCACUUUUUUCUUUCUA